AUGGAGCCAUCCGGCGAAUGUGGAGACAAGGGACGCGGAGGCCUGGGCCCAGAAGGCGCGACGCCAGGGAGACAGGGCGCUCGGAGUUUCCUUCCCAGCGAGUGUCCUGCAUGCAGAGCAGAAGACGUCGCCCAACAGGGUUCUGCGUCCCAGCGGCUGAGCGCCUUGGCGAGCGCUCGCGGUUCAGGCUCGGCGCGAGGACGCUCCCGCGCACCAAGCCCCGCGGGUGUCUCGGCUGGGCGGAGGCAGCUUGUGACAGAGCGCCUCUGCGCCGAGUGUCGCCGUUUCGCUGCGCGGGCUGCGUCCGCGCGCGGACGAAUGCGCGGGUCGCCUGCGGAUGUCUCGCCCCGACGAUGCGAGUCGCAAUCAGAUGGCGCCACAGAGGCAUCCGCCCUCGCCUCCCCAGAGACACCCGAGGGUUUCCCCGCGGGCGUCUCUGCAGCGCCUGUGCGCCGAGAGGGUGAACUUGGAGCCGAAAAGGAGUCUCCCGGACUUGGGGAGAAGACGCCGCGACACGGGCUGCCGUGCGAAAGAACCCUCGGUGUCCAUUUUGCACGUGUCGCGUUGACGCAUGCUCCCGCCCUGCCGUGGGAAUGUCACCUGGAGGAGCUCGGUGCCGCGCGGCGACAAGAAGAGCUGGAGAGCGACGGCGCGCCGGUCGACGCCGCGACGCUUCGGGCCUUAACGAUGGCUGAGGAGUUUACGCGGAUGAAGAGAGACGAAGCCGUCGGAGCCUGUUGCGCGUGCUCAGCCCCUAUCCGUCCUCCCUUAACCGAGACGGGAAACGACCAAGAAAAAGCGGAAACAGCAAAGUUUCCUGAGAAUCAUGAAGCCAGGGACUGGUACUCCCGUGGGAUUCUAGACUUUGAAGACAUGAUGAAGGACAUGCAGCACUUCCUCGCCCGCGAUCGUCGCCAGGCGAUGGGGCGGGAGAAGGUACAUUGGGAGCGAAAACCCUCCCAGUCUGAACCUUCGUUGGGAGAAGUGGAGACGCGGGGAAGCGAAGAGGCGCCUGCAGCGACAGACGGGGGCAACGCCUCCUCCUCUGUCCCUCCUCUCGUGGCGUCUUCCUGUCUCGACGCGAACGAAGGGAACGCCUCUGCUCGCCGCACCCUUCCACAACCUCACACCGAACUUUUCUCUUCUUCCUCUUCAUCUUCUUCCUCUUCUGCGUCUCGACUCGCCGAAGAGAGUGAAGGCGGGAAGCGCACAAAAGGCGGGGAGAAGACCCGUGGCGCACCUCUCAAUUUAUCGGAGUUUUACUUCUACCAGGCUGCUGACGGCCAGCUUUGCUUCCUCCACCCUUUCUUCGUCAAGUGCCUGUUGUUCGAAGCGGGCGGCGACGAGAGUCGCUUGCCUCCCGUCCUCCUCGACGUGGUUGUGCGUGACGUCCAGCUCCUGUGCGUGGAUGAACAAGUUCGCAGGCGAUUCAAGUGCUUCGCGCAUCUGCCGCAGAUGGCCCAAGUCUCGUUCGUCGACGUCGACUUGCGGUCUGUGAUUUCUCCGGAAACGGCGCGCGUAUUCAAGGAGGAGUUCCGUCGACGCGCAGCCAAUCGGCGCGAACGGCUUCGCCAAGAAGAGCGCGAAGCUGUAGCUGCCGCGUCUUCUGUGGCGUCUGCCUCUUCUCUCUCCUCUCGCGUGCGCUUCGUCCCGCGAGAGCCUUUGCACCCUCCGACAGACUGCAGCCCGCAAACGUUUCCUUCGCUACCCGGUCGCGACUCUUCGCUCGUCUCUGCGGGAAGCGCGGGCGCAGCUUCUCGAGAGGACUCCUCUUUCUCCUUCGCGGCGGUGGUGAAGCGGCAGGAGGAGCAGCAGAAGCGAGCGCUCGAGAGAAAGCGACAAGAAAUCCAGUUCCCGUCGCUCGGCGCUGCACUGCCGCCGAACGCAGGCGCCGUUCAAGACCAGUCUGUGGCCAGAGGAUGGACGCAGCUGAAACCAGGCUCGACAAGCGCUCCUGUGCGCACGAAGACCACGGCGUGGGGCGGCGGGAGGCACGUGCCAGGUCGCAAGGAAACGGAGGCAACGGUGGAAGAGGCCUACUUACCGCGCCCGGGGGGAUGCAGUCUCGGGGAGAUUCUCUUGCAGGCGAAAACGAAGAAAAAAAGAGAAAAGAAAGCAAAGGACGGCAAAACGCAGGACGGGAAAGACAACUGA